AAUGCAUUUUUUAUUCUCUCUCUUGCUCAGCUGCUGGCUCUACCCAAGUGAGAGAUUUCUAUGGAGCUUCCUUGGACCAGUCUGUGUCAUCUUCUCUGUCAAUUUAGCUUUCGUUCUGAUGACCCUCUGGAUUUUGAAAAGCAAACUGUCUUCCCUCAACAGUGACGUAUCCACCCUCCAGAACACAAGGAUGCUGACAUUUAAAGCCACAGCUCAGCUCCUCAUCCUGGGCUGCACGUGGUGCUUGGGCGUCCUGCAGGUGGGUCCAGCUGCCCACGUCAUGGCUUACCUCUUCACCAUCGUCAACAGCCUGCAGGGCGUCUUCCUCUUCCUGGUGUACUGCCUCCUCAGCCAGCAGGUGCGGGAGCAAUAUGGGAAAUGGCUCAAAGCGAUCAGGAAAACAAGAGCCGAGUCUGAGAAAUACACACUGUCCAGCAAGGUCAUGUCUGAUACCUCCCAACCCAGCAUGUCUCUUCCAGAUGCUGAACCUCUAUGAGCAGGAAAACCCAACUCAAUGGAUCUUCCUACCAGCAACAUCCACAAGAAUGGAAAUGUUCACACCAGUCUGGAUUUUGUAAUUUCUUUGUUCUGUUUUCUGUAGGUUUAAUUAUUCAUUCAUUCAGAGAUAUUGAUUUCUCACUAGUUCUAAGGCAGAGAUCAAGAGAGACACAGGUUUUGUCUUCAUGGAGAUUUAAGGGGGGGAAUAAAGUGAUUUUUGCAGCUAGAGUUGACUCGGAGGUUGAAAAAUUCCUAUAAAUUAUAUCUCUAUAGCUGAACAAUUGAAGUAUAAUCCAUUUCACAGACACCAUCUUAUUUCUUCCUCACCUGAUGAUACAGAUAAUUUGAAAACUCAAAUCAUGAUAAGUAUGUUUUAGGCUUUGUGGGCCAGUAUAUUAGUCACGGUUGUCCAGAAAAUUAGAACCAAAAGGACACACACACACACACACCCACACACGUUUUUAUGAAGCAAUUUAUAAUGAGGUGUUGGUGCACAUGAUUAUGGAGCUAAGUCCCACAGUCUACUGUUUGAAGGGUGGAGACCCAGGAAAGACAGCUGUGUAGUCUGAAGGCCUGAAAUCCAAAGAGCUGAUGGUGUAGAACUCAUUUCGGGUCUGAAGGCCUGAGAACUGUGUGUGUUGAGGGUAAGAAGAUGGAUGUCCCAGUCAAACCAUCAGGCUGGGUUAAUUUAAUCUUCCUCCAAUUUUUAUUUUAUUAGACCCUCAAGGGACUGGAUGAUGCCCAUCCACCUUGGAAAGGGCCUUCUCUUUAACCCAGUCCAACUCACAUGCUAAUCUCUCCUGGAAACACCCUUAAAGAUGCACCCAGAAUUCCUGUUUAACCAGCUAUCAGGCAUCCUGUGGCCCAGUCAAAUUGACACACGUGAAAUUAACCAUCAUGGCUAGAAUCUAUCGCAACAAUUCAACUCUGCCAUUGUAGCAUGAAAACUGCUAUAGACACUCACAAAUGAAUGAUCAUGACUGUGUUUUAAUAAAACUUUAUUUUUGGAUAC